CCCGGGACCUUACCGAAAGAACAAGAACGGAGCUCGUGAGAAAGAUAUUGGAUAUUGGAAAACGCGAAAACCCCAUUCCGGCUUUUUCAUCCACCAGUACUCAACAGGUUAACUAUGUUUCAAAACCGUGAGGCGAUUCAGAUAUAGUUGAAUGUAUUUUCUACUUUCAGAAUGAAAAUUAAUAUAUCUGUUUUACAGAAUGCUAGUCAUUGUUGCACUUUCAAAUUGACCAAUAAUAACGUAGUCAAAGUUUAAGCUGGCAAGAAUCAUUCUAUCCGUGUAGAUGCAUGUCUAAAUUUAAACAAUCAUGUCUUAUAUUUCUCCAUAGCAUCCGCUCUCUUUGUUGUCUGCUUGCGACCGGUAAUAUUCAAUGCGAUGUAUUGUUGAGUAAUGAGUUUUCUAGCUAUCUCUAAAAGUAGAGUUUUAAAAAACGUUUUAGCGCGCUCUGCGCUUGCAAUUUUUGCCGGUCACCUGCUGUUUUUCGAGCUCUAUUUGGUAUUACCAUAUUUACUAGGCGAUGGAAAAUACUUAGCAUACGGAAUUUUAUUGUUUAUCUACGUUUGUUUCUGUUGGAGUGCUACAAUGUGCAUUUCUAAGGACCCAAGUAUUCGUGGAUUAUUUUUAUCAUCUAAGUCGAGACCAGAUUGGACGUAUUGUCUUACAUGUCAAACCUUACGACCACCUCGUGCUCACCAUUGUUUUGACUGUGGUGUAUGUGUUCUUCGACGUGAUCAUCAUUGCACAAUUUUAGGUCAAUGUAUUGGUCAUGCUAAUUGGAGAUAUUUUUAUAAUACUUUAUUAUAUGGAAUGUUAGGUUGUAUUUUUAUGAGUUAUUACAAUUUAACUCUUGUAUUUCAAUCAAAUUAUUUCCCAAUGACAUGGUCUAUUUAUUAUCGAUUAGUAUGUAUGAUUGCACCACCUGGUAUUAUGUGGUUAACUGGUUAUUUAACAUUUUUACAAAGUAUCAUAUUUUUAACAACAAGUUUAUCAACAUUAAUUGCUUGUUUAUUAUUUGUAUUUAUGAUGUAUGAAUUGAAUUUAAUGUUCAAUAAUCAAACAAUGUAUGAACGUGCAUUGAAAUCAUUCAAUCAAUUUCAUUGUAGUUUUAAUGGUGAUCAUUAUAAUACAAGUAUAAAAAGUUUUGAAGAUAAAGAUACUACUACUAAUAAUAAUCAUAGUAGUACUUGUACUAGUACAACAAAAAAUCCAUUUGCACUACAUCAUCAUCAUCAUCAGCCUCAACAACCAACACAAUCCAUUUAUAAUGUAGGUUAUCUAAAUAAUCUGAAACAAUAUUUAGGCGAACGUUGGAUUCUCGCUAGUCUCUGUCCAUUUAUUAAUUCACCAUUAACAACAGAUGGAUUAAUGUUUCCAACAUCAAAUAGUGUAAAAUUUAAAUAAUUGAUUUUUAAUUGUCAAUUUUCCCCACUCAUAUAUUUUACAUUUAUUGAUUUAAUGUUAUUUGUAUAGUAUUCUUUUUACUGUGUAGUUUGUAUUUUUCAUCUGAUUUCAACAAUAAAAGUGUACAUUUACUAAGA